AUGCCACUUCUGCCGAGACAUGAAGAAGUUCGGGGGGCCCGGGCGCAUGAAGCAGUCGUGCCUGCUGCGGCAGUGCACUGCCCCCCUCCUGUGCUGGUGCGCCGCCUCCAGUCUUACCUGAACCUGCGUGCGCUGCGCCUACUGCAGCGCUUGGAGGACGCGGUGGGCCAGGUCCCGGCUCUGGGCGCCGCGUUAGAGGCCAUGCUGGCCGUGCUGGGGCCGAGAGCCGCUAGCCCCGUCCCAAACACGCGGUCGCCGCCACCACUGCCUCCGUGGGCGUUUUCCUGGCCAAGGUGCUGGGGUUCCCUGUGUGGGGCCUCUACCUCGAGCCGCAUGAGGCUGACCUGGGCCAGCUGGCAUCUGGGGGCCCGGCCUGAGCGCCGGGCGCAUGGCCCAGCUCGUGGUCCCCUCCCUGGCCGUCUCCAUCUCUCCUCAUCUCUGUCAGCAUCUCUGUGUCCUCCGACUGUGUCCGUCUCUCUGUUUUCUUUGUAUGCUUCUCCAUCUUUUUCUCUCUGGGUCCUUCUUGUCUCCCUCUACGACUUCCCGUAUCUGUCAUGUCCUUGCUUCCCCAUCGCUCCUGUCUGCCUCUCUGAGUGUCUCUCUGUCUUCCCAUCUCUUGUUUCCUCUGGGCCCCCUGGGAACCUGUGUAUAUGUCCACCUCAUCUCAAGGAAGGGACACCUGUCACUCUGUUUGCCUCUGUCCUUCUCUCUGUCGUUUCCUGGCCAGGAACAUGCCUGCUGGCCCUGUGGUGGAAGGGCUCCUCCUGA